AUGCAAAGGAAUACGUCGAAAGUGAGCUCAAAAUCAACGCCCAACUUGAACAGAGGAAGCCAAACCACACCGAAAGGCAGGAGAGAUCCAGUACGAAGUUCAGAAUGGAAACAAGACAAACAACGCGAGCACCAGCACUGCAACAAACCUGGACACCCACCGAAAAGUUGUCCUGAAGUGACCACGCUCAGUCAACGCCUUCAGAUUAUAAGGACCAGAAAACUUUGCAAAAAUUGUGGAGGGGAGAAUCACCUCGCAAUGAGAUGUCCCAGAGGAGCCUGCCGCGCCUGCGGAGUAACUGGACAUCAUACUUCCAUCUGCACCAAACUAUUCUCGACGGAGACACCUAGGACGCCCCAACAAGACAGAGCAACUAAGAAGAUACCAGCCAGAUCUCCAUCACAGCCUACGGCUGCAAAGAUGAAUGCAGUCACGUCCGACCAAGGACUCCUAGAAGCCGAAGAAAUGGAUACUGUGCUCCAUGUCAGCAAUCGAGCGGACGUUCUCAUUCUGGCAGGACAGGCACAGCGCAGUAGCCUCAGUCUGGAGGACAAGCGGUUUCUCUGUGAUAAGGAUCUGCAACUGUCCAUAAGCGCAACUUCAACUAGCAUCAGUCCACAGAUUCUUCUUGGAUGCGCGGACAUGUUCACACUUCUAAGCAAUGGGCUAGCACCGCUGUACGUACUUCCUUCUGGGUUGCAGUUGAUCCCUUCGAGAUUGGGAUAUCUGGUUGCAGGACGCAACCACAGCUUUACAGAAACAAUAAAGGAAGGAGGACGGACGGUGAAGUUCUGCAUGCAGUCACAGACAAUACAUUUCCAUGGGUAA